AUGCUACUAAUGCUGAUGAUUCUGGGCCUUGCUGCCCUCAUUGGUACUUCUGAGAGUCAGACUGGAUGCUAUGGUGUCAUAAACAAGGUUGAUACCACUGGGGCUUCCUGUAGAACUGCAAAAGCAGAACGCUUACCAUACUGUGGAGUUCGUGCUUCAACAACGAUUGCACAGAAAGACUUACGUACUAUGAACAAUUAUAAAACCAUCAUUAAGAGCGCUGGAAGAAAAAAAUGUGUGGAUCCAGCUGUGAUUGCUGGUAUCAUCUCUCGAGAGUCGCAUGCUGGAAAGGCCCUAAAGGGUGGCCUGGGUGAUCGUGGAAAUGGAUUUGGUUUGAUGCAGGUUGAUAAACGCUACCAUAAAUUGGUUGGACGAUGGAAUAGUGAGGCACAUGUCCUUCAGGGGACAGGCAUCCUUGUUGCUAUGAUUAAGGGAAUCCAGAAAAAGUUCCCCAGAUGGACAAAGGAACAACAGCUGAAAGGAGGGAUUUCUGCCUACAAUGCAGGACUAAGAAACGUCCAGUCCUAUGAUAAAAUGGAUAUUGGCACAACCGGCAAUGACUAUGCCAAUGAUGUCGUUGCACGAGCCAAGUAUUAUAAGAGAAACGGAUACUGA